CUUCGCAGGGUUUGUUGUAGUGAAGGCGGUGUGUUUCUGGCGGUGCUGUAGUCUGGCUGUGAAGUGAGCGGCGGCAGUCGGUGGCAGAAUAAGGAGUCUGCUGUAAAGGGAUAGAAGGGAGGAGCGAGCGCAGAAGCACAGCUAUCGGAAUCAUGGCUACAGCAAAAAUAAAUCCAUGUACUGGCUCUACGCUACUGCAGCCUAUUAGCGAUCUCAUCAACCUCCCCAUAGACCAGGUUAACUUCGUAGUUUGUCAGCUGUUCGCCUUGCUCACAGCAGUUUGGUUCCGACUUUAUCUCCAUCCAAGCAAAACCAGCACCUUUGUCAGACAUUUUGUGGCAACUCUUCUGGGGUUUUAUUUUGCACUAUUUUGCUUUGGGUGGUAUGCCUUACAUUUUGUUUUUCAAAGUGGGAUUACAUACACCAUCAUGAUCUUAGCAGGAGCGGAGCACAUGCACAAGUACUGUUUUGUGGUUGCUCUGGGGUACCUCAGUCUUUGCCAGGUCACCCGAGUCUACAUCUUUGAUUAUGGGAUGUAUUCAGCUGACUUCACCGGCCCAAUGAUGAUAAUUACACAGAAGAUCACAAGUCUGGCAUUUGAAAUUCACGAUGGACUAGCACGGAAAGACGAGCAGCUGACACCAAGUCAGAGAAGAUUAGCUGUAAGGAGGAUGCCAAGCCUGCUGGAGUAUUUCAGUUACAAUUGCAACUUCAUGGGUAUCCUGGUUGGGCCUACAAGCUCCUACAAGGACUAUAUAGCUUUCAUUGAAGGCACAGCAUAUCACUCGAAAUACUCCGAGACCAAUGGCAAAGAGAAUGGAAAGUAUAAGCAGAGUGAACCUUCACCGAAGAUGGAAGUGAUUCACAAGCUAGCAGUCUGUGCGAUAUCUCUGCUAGUUUACCUGACUGUCUCGAAAAGUUUUUCUGUGGAACGCAACGUUGACGACGCCUUCAUUGCAUCAACGCCGUUUUACACCCGGGUCAUCUACUUGUACUUGUCCAUGCUGACCACCAGACCCAAGUACUAUUUUGCAUGGACACUAGCGGACGCUAUCAACAAUGCAGCAGGAUUCGGCUUUAAUGGAUACAACAAGGACGGGACACCUCGCUGGGACCUGGUUUCAAACAUCAGAAUAGCAAACAUUGAGUUCGCCACAAGUUUUAAGACGUUCCUUGAUAACUGGAAUAUACAGACAGCACUCUGGCUUAAAAGAGUCUGUUACGAGAGAUGUCCCUACAACCCAACAGCAGCAACCUUCUUGCUGUCAGCGAUCUGGCACGGAGUGUAUCCAGGAUAUUACCUGACGUUCUUAACGGGGAUCGUAAUGACGAAAACAGCACGGGCAAUAAGGCACAACGUGAGGCAGUACUUCCUUGGCUCUUCUACACACAAAUUAAUCUAUGAUGUCAUAACAGGGGCAGGGACUCAAGUUGCUAUAAGCUACACAGUGGUACCAUUCGUAUUGCUCUCUGUGCCACCCUCUCUGAAGUUCUACAAGUCAUGUUACUUCUGCCUGCACAUCAUUUGUUUCUUGGUGAUAACAAUGUUGUCAUUGAAGCCGAGACAAAUACGAGACAAACCGACGGAGAACAGCCUGCACCAGGAGCAUCUGCAGGGAGGACUAGUCGGAAACAAUAGCCAUUCUGCCACAGACAACAACAGCAACCAGAAACGGAAAGCCACAUGAAGAUAAGGACCCUUUCGAUAGGGGACGAGAACACUGGGACAAGUGCAGAAUAUUUUUUUUUUUUUUUUUUUUUUUAAGAAAUUAAGAAGAAAAAAAUUCUAAUAAUAAACCCUUCCAGUAAGUAGCACUAUGGAGAGGGAUCAUAAUUGCUUGAAGAAAAGAAAUCAAAUAAUAGAGUGAAACUGACACAGAUCACUGCAACUGAAAAAGAGAGUAACGUGGAACGAUGAAAAUAAAAUAAUAAAUAAAUAAUUCCAUAAAUAAAAAGAUAAUACUAAUGUGGUCUAAUCAAAAGAGCCAGUAUGCCGAAGUAUGCAAAUUGUUUUUAAAUUGCCUUAAACCCUCUAUCUACUUAACCGGUUCUCGGAUUGACAUUCAUUUACAGUAUCAUAAGGUUCCUUUUAAGUUGGGAUGUCGACAGUAGCAGAGCUUUUCAGGUUCAUACACAAGCAGCAGUUUUUUGAAAGCAAGCCAUCUCCGACAGAUAACAGUAUUUAGAGGGUUUUUGUCUGUGUGAAAAUACAGUAAAAGCUCUCCUGUAAAAAAAAAAAUGUAUUACUAUUUUUAGUCUUGGCGAAUGUACAUGCCAUUUUGAUUUAAAUCCAUUUUCUGUUCUAAAGCCUAGGUAGUAUCUGUCUUUUGCCUUUUUUUUUUACAUUUCCACAAAAAUGUAUGUUUAUUACAAACGUGUGUGCAACUGUAUGAGUAUACUGUAUAGUGUUCAUGCCAGUCCUUCCCCUCAUACAUUUUAAGGGCUCAUUAUUCUUUUUUUUUAAAAUCUGUGAUAUAUAUACCUGGCUAUAUAUUAAUCAGUUAUUCGCAGAUGCAGUUUUAAAAUUCAUUGCAGGUUUCUUCACGGUCGGAAGCGUUGGUUGUAACAAUUUUAGCUGACCAAGCGUCGGAGCGAAUGGAGUUUAUCAUGACCAGCCCAUCUUGACCCUAUCAAAAGGCAACCAUGUCCUUUCACUGAUGCUUUCCUGAAGUGUUCAGUCCCAAUGAGAUUAAGUGCAGGCUGACCCAGGGUUGCAUGUCAGGAAAAUUAGGUUGCAGUUUGAUAGGUUGUUCAAUGUCACAAAGUGGGGAGUGGGGUCAAGGUAACACAAUAAACACUAUCUAUUGAAGCUGUGUGGCAAGCAGUGUCUCCAGAAAAAAAAAACACAUUUAAUUUAUGCUGAUAUAUACUUUGUGAUCCUUAAAAUACAUACAGUAAUUCUAAUAAAAACAAUAGUAACUAGCAA